AUGGAUGAUGGAAUGGGACAGUCGUUUGCGUAUGAGAAACAUAAAAAUGAAAUGCAUCCGAAGGAAGAGGAAUUCGAAAAACUACUCAUGUAUUCUGUCAUAAAAAAUCCCAUCUCUUCACUCUGUCGUAUAUCCGUCGUCAUGGAACGACUUCUGCAACUGUUCCUUGGUUACCUGACGGUCGCCGUUGUUUCGGGUAUCACUUGCGUACAACUGAACGGCCGCAAUCACUGCAUUCACAAGGGAUCUCACAAAUGGAGCUGGGAACGAUCUGAGGCCUUCUGUCAAUCGAGACGUGGUCAUCUCACAUCUAUUCAUGAUCAGAAAGACAUAGACGCCAUCAAAGCCCUCGCAGCCUCUGAAGAAUGCAAAUCUUUUUGGACGGGUGGACAAUGCAGAUCAGGCAAGUGCUCAUGGGUAGAUGGCUCAUCAUUUGACUCGAAAAAAUUUGGCGAAAAGAGACCGAACACAUCCUAUCAAUGCAUAGAGUCGUCUUUUGAGAAAGGUAAGGGCUUGAACAUCCUUCCGAACUCCUAA